UUGAGAAAACCCCACUUCUUACCACUACCAAUCGGAUCUUUCAGGCUCCAAUUUCAGCUCGGAUAUUCUAAUUGGAGAAGCAACAAUGAAUAACUUCGUGAAAUCAGGCGGUCUCUGUAAGGUACGACACUUACUCCUAUCCCCUUCGCCGUCAAUGGCCGCCCGAGCCAUCUCAACUGCAUCUUCUCCCCUACUCGGCCAAUCCUCUAUCCUCAGAAACCAUCUCUCCCCUCAAAAGCCAUCUCCUUUCCUCUACAACUCCGCCCGCCAUUUCCGUAAUGCUCGGGAUCCUAGUGCCAGGCAUGAGAUUUCGCCACCAAUGAACUGGGGAGUUCGGAUUGUGCCGGAGAAGAAGGCGUUUGUAAUAGAGCGAUUCGGCAAGUACGCUAAGACAUUGACUCCUGGAAUUCACGUGCUGAUGCCUUUUGUAGACAGAAUUGCUUAUGUGCAUUCCCUCAAGGAAGAGGCCAUUCAAAUUCCGGAUCAAUCGGCCAUUACCAAGGACAAUGUCAGCAUCCUUAUAGACGGUGUUCUCUACGUCAAGAUAGUUGAUCCUAAACUGGCAUCAUAUGGAGUUGAGAAUCCAUUAUAUGCUGUGAUUCAGCUUGCACAAACAACUAUGCGGAGUGAGCUCGGCAAGAUAACGCUGGACAAGACUUUCGAAGAAAGAGAUACUCUAAAUGAAAAGAUAGUGAUGGCUAUCAAUGAUGCUGCCAGAGAUUGGGGAUUGAAGUGUCUCCGUUAUGAAAUAAGGGAUAUAUCUCCUCCUCGUGGGGUUAGGGCAGCUAUGGAGAUGCAAGCAGAAGCUGAACGUAAGAAAAGGGCUCAAAUUCUGGAAUCAGAAGGGCAAAUGCAAGCGAAUAUUAAUAUUGCAGAUGGAAGGAAAAGUGCUGUGAUCCUUGAAUCAGAAGCUGCAAAAAUGGACCAGGUUAACAGAGCUCAAGGUGAAGCUGAAGCCAUUCUUGCCCGAGCACAAGCAACAGCAAAAGGAAUUGCUGUGGUUUCUCAAUCACUCAAAGAACACGGGGGUGCAGAGGCAGCAAGUCUGAGAAUUGCCGAGCAGUACAUUCAAGCGUUCAGCAAUGUUGCAAAGGAGGGCACAACACUAUUGCUUCCAACGAGUGCCUCUGACCCAGCAAGCAUGAUUUCUCAAGCUCUUAGCAUCUACAAAGGCUUAGUAACCCAAAAUUCUACUGGCGGGCCCACUAAGAUCUCUGAAAACAAAGAUGAGCAGACUUUGUCACCUGGAAUUUAUGAUAAAAAGUGGUCCACGACUCAUAAUAAACCUACCGAUGAGGAUCAGACAAGUGAACCCGUUUUCUCACUUAAUAAAACCCACAACCACAAGAAGGAUUAAAUGGUAUACCACACAGCUUGGAAAAAUUCUCUGGCCUUUUAAGUAUUUUUGUUCUGCACUUCUGCCGAAUGUUGAUCGAAGAAGAUUGAUAAGAGAAUGACUGUUUUAUACUAGUUGUAAAAUUGUUUGAACCGUCACCUUAAUUUUUGGUACCAUGGAAAGGUAGUUAAGCCAUCUGAUCUGAUCCAAGUGUUCUUGAUAUUAAGAUUAUACUUUUAAAUUGGAUGUAUCUAAUCCAAAUCCCUGGGGACGUGCAAAAUAAAAAUUGAUCUUAUGAUGUACUACUAGAAAAUUUGGGCAUCA